UUCUGUUGAAAAUGAUGUAAUUGAUCUACAGGAAGCUGAGGCCUACCGGAGCUCAACGUGUGAAGUGUGAAAGGAACUGCAAGAUGGUGACGUGUAUUAACACUUGUAGUUAUUUUAGGUGUUGGUCACUUCAUUUUACGACAGAGGAGCUUCACAUCAGCACAUCAGUCAUUUUUCUGAUCAGUCAGUUUGUCUUUUCAUAUUUGUAGACUAAAACCUUUGAAGAUGUUUCACAGAUUUUGGUUCUGUUUGUGGCGUCUGAUUGGUGUGCUCGGUUAUACUAAUGCAAUAUCAGUUAUGAAGGGAAGUUCAGUCACUCUGAACUCUGGUCUUACUGAAAUGAAAGAUUAUGAUCAGAUUCAGUGGAGGUUUGGAAAUGAAAACACUACAAUAGCUGAAAUCAAUAAAUGGGUUGACAGCAUGAUUGUAUAUGAUGAUGUUCUUGAUGGGAGAUUCAGAGACAGACUGAAACUGGACAAUCAAACUGGAUCUCUGACCAUCACAAACACCAGACCUGAACAUGCUGGAGAUUAUGAACUACAGAUCAACAAUGUGAGGAAGUCUUUCCCUCUCACUGUCUAUGGAGAGAAGCCGGUGUCAGUGAAAAUUGGAGAUUCGGUCACUCUAAACUCUGGCCUUACUGAAAUUAUGGAGGAUGAUCAGAUACAGUGGAGGUUUUCUGAUGAUCCAAAUCUGUGGUGGUUUGGAUAUCAACACAUUUUAAUAGCUGAAAGCAAUAAACGGGCCGACAACAUGACUGAUGAUGUUCUUGAUGGGAGAUUCAGAGACAGACUAAAGCUGGACAAUCAAACUGGAUCUCUGACCAUCAGAAAUGUCAGUAUCCUACAUGUUGGACGUUAUAAACUGCAGACCAAAUAUAUUAAGAUCGAUUUCUUAUGCACUGUCUAUGAUGAAAUAUCAGUGAUGGAGGGAGAUUCACCCACUCUAAACUCUCAUUUUAUUGAAAUGAUGGAUGAUGAUGAGUUUUGGAGGAUUCGGUCGAAGGUUUUGGAUGAUGAUCAGAUUCAGUGGAGGUUUUUUGGAGAGAAGCCGGUGUCAGUGAAAAUUGGAGAUUCGGUCACUCUAAACUCUGGCCUUACUGAAAUUAUGGAGGAUGAUCAGAUACAGUGGAGAUGA